AUGGCCCCGGAGCGCGGUGACCGCUCGCUCCCCGGCGGUACCGAGGGUCUUCCCCGGGUUUUCCUGCAGAGCCUGCGGACUCUUUUCGAUAUCCUGGAUGACCGGCGGCGGGGUUACGUGCACCUGCGGGAGAUCGAGUCGCGCUGGCGGGGAGCGGAAGCCCAGGAGCUGCCUGCCGGUGUGAUGGAGGGGUUGCGGCAGGCGGCGCCGGCCAGCGGGUACCUCACCUUCGAGAGGUUCGUCCUGGGGCUGCGGGCGGCUCUGCCUGGGGCUGAGCCCCCGAUGGAGGGUGUCAGCGGCGGACGGCGGAGCGUAGAGAAGCCACCAAGCCCUCGCUGUUCCGAAGAGCGGCGGGGGAAGAGCGCCGGGCAGCGGGAACCGGGGCAGGGCCAGCCCCGAGGCCGCGGUGAUGAUGCAAAGUCUGCAGGGCAGUUCCAGGGAGACAGUGGCCACCCAGAGGCUGGGGACACUCGGAGGCAUCAGAGAGGCCGUGCAGAACACCGGAGACACACCAUCACCAAUGGUGUGGACUUCAGCAUGCUGAAGUACAUGAAGGAGCUGGAACAGGAGAAGGAUGUCCUGUUGCAGGGCCUGGAGCUUAUAGACCGGGCUCGAGCGUGGUACUGCCAGCACAUCCAGCUCAUGCAGGAGCACCAGCGGCUCCUGGGGAAGAAGAGGACCAGUGCUGAUUUCGCUGAGGGUGGCCAGAGUCACCUGGGGCGCCUGGUGCCCAAGCUUCAGGAGGUGAACCGCUGCCUGGGUGACCUUCUUUCCACUGCUGGCAAGGCAGCAAACCCCUCCUCAGCCCUGAGCAGGCUGGUGCCUGUAACAUCCCCAGCCUCCACAGGCUCCCAGCAAGCCAUCAACAUGCUGAAGGAGCAGAAUCGGCUUCUCACUAAGGAGGUGACUGACAAGAGUGAGCGCAUCACCCAGUUGGAGCAGGAGAAAUCUGCCCUGAUCAAGCAGCUCUUUGAGGCUCAUGCCAACAACAACCAUGAGAUGAGCCAGCUGGACUCCACCUUCAUCUAGCACAUGCCUCCCCCACCCCAUCCCCAAACUUCCUCGGGAUUUUCAAGGGACUCUUGUUCCAAACUAAUCACACCCACUGCUCCAGGUGUUGUGUCUCAAGAUCUGGGGCUGCUGGUGGCAUCUCUGUGGGAGGAAGCUGGGAGCCCUUUUGGGGAGCAUCCCUGCCCUGCUGGUGGUUUAUCAGCCACGCUGUUCUCAAGCUGCUCCUUUCCUGUCUCUGAAUGGGUUGCAGGGACACUGUCCCCAGCCCUGUGACCCCCAGCAUGUGGGAGACAUGGCUGCUGUCUGUGCUGCCUGUGUGGGGUGAGCUGCUGUGCCCUUGCUGACUUAGGCUGGAUUUUGGGGGCUCAUGGGAAAAAGUGAUGCAUCUUCAACACUCCAGCCAGCAUCUCCAGACAAGCCUGGUCCUUAGAGGCUCAUGCUUGUCCUGCCGUUGGAAGACUAAGAUUGGAAAUCCAAGGAGGCAUGCCUGGCCCCUCUCUGCUGCCCAUGUUCUGCCUGCCAGGGACACUGUCCUGGCCCUGUAGUGCCCAAACUGGUGGUCCUCAUGGCAACCCCUCUGUCGUGUUUGUGGUAGUGAUACCAUAGUUGCUGUUUACAUGUCUGCAGGUUCCUGUAGGGAAUGAGCCAUAGACCUAAUCAAGAUAGCCUCUGCCUCUGAGCUGCUGUUUUGGGCUGUUGACAAGUUGAGACAGACACCUCGCCCUUUACUUGGCUUGACCUGGCAAAUACUUCCUGAUACCUGCCAGGAUUACAUUCUUUUCAUGACUGUCAGAGAAAUGAUGUUCUGUAGCCUGGGGAUGCUCACAUCAGCCUGACCUCGCGGAGGGGCUUUAGAACUUGGUUUUGUAUUUAACUGAGUGUGAGACAGAGCAGAGGCUAACAGGCUCUUCCCUGUGCACAUCUCCACAUGGAGAAAUGGCAGCUCUGCCUCACGUGGUUGUGGAGGCUACUGCCAGGGAUGACAUCCUGACUGUGAGCUGCACUCUUCUGCAGGUGUCUUGAGGGGUGGUGGUGGUCUAAGAUGAGUCCUGGCGCAUCUCAGGACUCCUCCUGCUUCCCAUCAUGAUGGGAUUCCCACCUCAGUGAUGAUGCUAGAGCUGAAUGACAUUUGACUGUGGCUUGCUACUUGGUAUCCGUGGUACUUUCACUGGUGAUCCCAUGUAGCACAGCCUGGCCCGCUGUACCCCCAGGGCCAAGGCCUUUCUCUCUGGGGUUGUUUUGUGCUCCGAUUCUCCAAGUAUGAUGCUGUGACACUGAACUGAGCUGGGCAGAAGGUGCUGGCUCUGCCCUGAGCUGACACAUGCAGGCCAAAUCUCUUCUCACUUUUGUUCUUAUCUGUCAGGACUCUCUCCCAUGCAGCAGUUCUCUUUGAGGUUGAUCCUGAGCUAAAGCUCACUGCAAUGUAUGAAUCCCUGCUCUGCCCUUUUGCCUGCAGCUGGAGUAGGGAUCAGUAGAGUGCCAGGGGGAUGGUGGAGGAGGAGCAGCAGGGCCAUGGCUCGUCAUGUCCCCUGUCCGCAAGAGUUGGGUUUUAGUUGUCCCCUGGGCAUCAGUUUCUGCUAUCCUUUUUGUGGUGUCUUCUCUGGUGUCCAGUGCCUGUUUUGCCUAAGGUUUAAUUAGAACGGAACCUUUUUAUGAGGGUUAUCUGUCUGUAGGGCUAAUAAAGUGGGGUGACCUAUUUAAUUUAUCCUUUUGUCUCUCUCCCUAAAUCAGCCCAUCUACUGCUGCCAGCCCUGAAGUCCCUGACUGUCCUGUCUCUCAGAACGCAGGGGGAGCUGAAGCUGCAAUCUGGUGAGCAAACAAAGAGCCCAGGGGGCUCUGCACCUGGAUAUGUUUCCAUGUCCUUUCCCAUCACCUCUGGGCUUCCCAGGGACUGGGGAUGCCCUGUCCCCUGCUGUGGGGCAGGGUCUUAAACCCACCUGCACCCCUUCCAAGUGCUGUAGCUUCAUCUGUCUAUUCCUCCAGAAGCUGUGCUGGGGCUCACACUGCUAAGGCAGUGCUGGUGCAAUUCACAACCUCUUACUUGCUUUUAAGUAACCUUUCUCAGAGCUGCCCCAUAGAGGUGGCAACACUGGCUGGUGUUCUGCAGCAGCUCCUUUCCACAGGGUCAGUCACAGGGGACCUCAGUGGCAUGGCAUGUGUAGCAAGUGUCCCUCUGCCCUAUGCUGAGAUGGCAACUCAGUGAACCUGUGCUGACUAGGGAACCCUCCUUCCAUCGGUUGUGGGGUGAAACCUGCACCCUGCAGAGGCUGAGCCUCCCCUGCUGGGAGCGGAGCCAAAAGGGAGACCCCAGUCCACUUACUGGCACCUGGUGGAGGGAUCUCUGCCAUGGCCUGUUCCAGGUGCUGCUUAGGGCAGCCACUAGUUCCAGAUGGGGCAGGAAGAGGGUUGCUAAUUGCCCUUGGUUCCCAUUUCAUGCCUUUACUCGGGUGUGGAGCCCAUGAGGGCUUCCAAAGGAAAAAGAGAGUCACAGUUCCCGCUCCAGGCUGCUCCAUGCAGAGCCAGGGCAGCUCUCUCUGUCCCAGCCCUUGCCAGCAGCUCUGGCCCCCACCCUGCUUUCUGUGAGACUGCUGCAGGUUGCAGGGUAGCUCUGGCAGUGCCAGGGCCCACUGGGACCAAGUUUACCCUGGAAACUGCAGGGCUCACCUCAGGCUGUCACUCUGGCCUGCCCACACUGUUUCUAGGUCCCUGAUGAGCCUGACCCUCCCCUGUGGGUCUGUGCUGUGUCCACUUUGGCGCACUUAACUGCGGGGGCUGGCUCAGGGGCCAUGAGACCUGCAUUUGAGGCCAGGUCUGAUAGUGAUGUGUAUGCUGGGACAUGUAGGUGAACACCUUCCAUUCUCUUCAGGCCUUUUCCUGCUGGAAUUGGGUUUGCAUAGAUCUGUGGUGCCUCCAGGGCCCUGAUAACUGCUGGAGCCCACUGUGAGACAUAAACUUUGAAGAAUUCAAGAUUUUAGAGAAACUGAGGCCUUAAUUAAAAAUAAGCCUUGCUUAAUCUAAUUAAAAAAAAAAAAUAGAUGUGCCUUGCUAAAAUGAAAGGUAGUUAGAGAGGCUUUGCUAAAAUUAGAGGUUGAUCAUUGGCUAAUAACUGUCUGUCAACUUUAUGCUUGUUCAGCUGGGCUUAUAAGGAGAAACAAAGAACUUCAAGAACAUAAGACAAUUGCAAAUCAGAAACCCAUUGAAGACAUGAAACUAGGAGCCCAGCCAAGGGUCCGUUUGUCACUUUGCAUUGAAAAGGCAGAAAGGUCAGAACGAGGAAGAGCCAUAUCCCUUCCCUCCCUUUUGUGACCCCUGCUCCUAAUAAGACCACCGACCCAUUUCAAAGAACAAACUACACAUGCUUAAUUGUUUUUUUUUAAAUUAGCAUAAGAAGCAGAGAGUGGGUGACAACUGGGUUAUGAAUAUGCAUUUGUAUUUAAUAUUUUUGUAAAUAAAAAGCCUGUAUUUACCUGUAUUUGGGGCCAUGCAUAUUAAGGGGAGACCCAGCACUGGUCCAGCACUGGCCCAGAGCUGCUAAUAAACAUACA